CGCAAACUGAUAGCAGAGCAAUCGCCAUCAAGCCUGGACUCACUGCACAGGCUCUGCUGCCAGGCUCCCAAGGUACCCAGGCAAUGAGGAUGGAGGAAGGAAUGAACGUUCUCCACGACUUUGGGAUCCAAUCAACCCGCUACCUCCAAGUGAAUUACGAAGACUCUCAGGACUGGUUCAUUUUAGUGUCUGUGAUCGCUGACCUCAGGAAUGCCUUCUACGUCCUCUUCCCCAUCUGGUUUCAUCUUCAAGAGACUGUGGGCAUCAAACUCCUUUGGGUGGCAGUGGUUGGGGACUGGAUCAACCUCGUCUUUAAGUGGAUUCUUUUUGGACAGCGCCCAUACUGGUGGGUCCUGGACACGGACUACUACAGCAACACCUCAGCACCCCUGAUAAAGCAGUUCCCUGUCACCUGUGAGACUGGACCAGGGAGUCCUUCCGGCCAUGCCAUGGGCGCAGCAGGUGUAUACUAUGUGAUGGUCACCUCUACCCUCUCUAUCUUUCGUGGAAAGAAAAAGCCAACAUAUGGAUUCCGGUCCUUGAAAGUCCUCCUGUGGUUGGGAUACUGGGCCGUGCAACUGAACGUCUGUCUGUCCCGGAUCUACCUUGCAGCUCACUUUCCCCACCAGGUUGUGGCUGGAGUCCUGUCAGGCAUUGCUGUGGCUGAAACUUUCAGCCACAUCCGGGGCAUCUACAAUGCCAGCCUCAAGAAGUAUUGUCUCAUCACCUUCUUCCUCUUUGGUUUCGCACUUGGAUUUUACCUGCUGCUAAAAACGCUGGGCGUGGACCUGCUAUGGACUUUGGAGAAAGCCAAGAGAUGGUGUGAACGGCCAGAAUGGGUCCACCUCGACACCACGCCCUUUGCCAGCCUCUUUAAAAACCUGGGGACCCUCUUUGGGUUGGGGCUGGCCCUCAACUCCAGCAUGUACCGGGAGAGCUACAAGGGAAAAGUCGGCAAGUCACCCCCAUUCCGCCUCACCUGCAUUGUGUCCUCCUUGGUCCUCCUGCACCUCUUUGACACUUUGAAACCCCCAUCCCAGAUUGAACUGGUUUUCUACGCUUUGUCCUUCUGCAAGAGUGCGACAGUUCCCUUUGCCUCUGUCAGUCUCAUCCCCUACUGCCUAGCCCGGGUUCUGGGCCAGACACACAGAAAGUCUUUGUAAGGGAUGUGGGACCUGUGGUGUUUAAAGUCACAGCCAUGCAAAGGGUUGGGGGCUGCCAAAGCCUCCUGCAUUCCAGGCCAGAGGUGUUCACAUCAACCCUGGUAACCCUGUCUUUCUUUGCUAUCUUAACCAAAAAGGUGAAUUUUUAAAUGCUAACAGGGCUGUCUGAGAAAACCUUGAGAGCUACAAGUUGGGUCAUUCUGGAAUUUUCCCAGAAGACCCACUUGCCACUCUCCUGUCAGAGAAAGCAAGCCCAGGCCAGAGAUCCUGACUGCAAAUUCUCUCCCUGUUCAGAAUGCUCCCAGCUGGGAAAAGGGCACAGUGCAUUUGCAAGGAAGAGGCAGAAAGACCAGGAGGCAGGGAAGUGUUUCGUGUAUUGAGCAAACCACUUGCCAGGCCAUGUCUAAACGGCUUCAGUUAUGUCUGAGUCUUUAGAUAGGACACUCUUGAUAAUAGUAGAUGAACUUAAAGUGUAAUGAGCAGCCAGUUAAGGCGGUAAUUGGACUUCUGGCUUUUCUCUCCUGGGUGCCUGUGUUACUGAAUGGCUAUGGUGGCUGUGUUACUGCACAAGUCAGAAGACACAGGUGUCAUCGACUUCUCUGUCAGUCUGUCUCCACAGCCUACGUCUACAUUCCCUGGAGUCCUCCACAGCUUCUCUGCCGCUGCGGCUGAACCCUCAGAUGUCCGGCGGGCGACUGUUUGGUGCUGCUUUUUAUAGGGUUAAGUUAAACUGAAACCUUGGGCAAAAGGACAAGGGGAGAGAGCCAGGGUGUCUCUCCAGAAGGUCACUCCGAUGUUACUUUUGAUUCCUGGAACAGAAAUAUGACUCUUUCUCUAGCCCAAGCCAGUCAAGGACUCAUUCUUAGAGGAAAAGCCAACUCCAGCCUUCUCUGAUUUACAGGAUAUAUCUUCAAAAAGAAAAAAAAAAUGCUGUGGCUAUUUAUUCAAAAUUCCUUGUUUUUGCUAUGAAUUAUGAAUAUAUUACCCACACCAACUGCCCUGUUCCUAACAUCUUUGAAAAGAAAAGUACACGUGUGCAGUAUUUUAUUAAAACAACAUUUUAUUUAA